UUCGGACUCAGAUUGGAGGCGGGUCAAAGCGCAUGCGUAGAGGGGCUGCAACAGAAAACAAAAAGGGUUGAGGGCGCAUGCGCAAUCUCGAGCGGAGUAAACUAGGCUGCGCAAGGAGACGAGAGUUGGGGUCGGCAGGGCUCGCUCGGGAUGGACGAGGACAUACUGACCACGCUGAAGAUCCUCAUCAUCGGCGAGAGCGGCGUCGGCAAGUCCAGCCUUUUAUUGCGGUUCACAGAUGAUACAUUUGACCCAGAACUUGCAGCAACAAUUGGUGUUGACUUCAAGGUGAAAACAAUUUCAGUUGAUGGAAAUAAAGCUAAACUGGCAAUAUGGGAUACCGCAGGUCAGGAGCGGUUCAGAACAUUAACGCCCAGCUACUAUAGAGGAGCACAGGGUGUUAUCCUAGUUUAUGAUGUCACAAGAAGAGAUACCUUUGUCAAACUGGACAAUUGGCUAAAUGAAUUGGAGACAUACUGCACAAGGAAUGACAUAGUUAAAAUGUUAGUUGGAAACAAGAUUGAUAAGGAAAACCGUGCAGUUGACAGGAAUGAAGGUCUCAAAUUUGCAAGAAAACAUUCCAUGUUGUUCAUAGAGGCAAGUGCAAAAACGUGUGAUGGUGUACAGUGUGCCUUUGAAGAACUUGUUGAAAAAAUCAUUCAGACUCCUGGACUGUGGGAAAGUGAGAGCCAAAACCGAGGCGUAAAGUUAUCAAACCAGGAAGAAGGCUAUGGAGCAAGAGCCUGUGGUGGAUACUGCUCUAUGUUAUAAACUCUGGGAAGUUUAUCCUCUUGCAUAUUUAAACAGAUAGUGUCACCUUUCUGUAAAUUCAUUAACUGCUAUUUUUAGGGACCUUGCAGUUUGCACAUAUUUGUUUUGUAUCAUGGCGAUGAACAUUUGUAAGAAACCAUGCUCAGCAGCUUUCCCAGUUGAAAAAUGUUAUGGUUAGCAUGCCCAACGUGCAAUCUUCAGGUUUUUUAUAUGUAGCAUAAGAUAGUGUGCAAGAACGAAUGCACUCAAAUUUUAUGACCUUAUACAUUCAUCAUGUAACUAUUCUUUAAAAAAAAAAUCCAUCUAACAAAUAUACAUUUCUGCAUUCUGUCUGCUUUUUGUCUGGAUUAUUUUUUUGUUUUUUUUUGUUUAAGUAUUGUUGGAAUUCUAGAAUUGCUUUAUAUGCACACAUCCUAAAAAUGUUGCAAGCUAAAAUGUGAUAUCUUGUACUGGUAAAUGCUUGUCCUUGUUGAUAUAACAACAUAAACAGUAUGAUUACACAAUUCUUACCGCCAAGUCUGUUAAAAAUUCUUUUUCAUUAGGCAGAGCUAUUUAAACUAUGGCCUCUACCAGUUUAUAGUUAAUCUGAACACUUUUUGAAGAGAUUUCUAAAAUUUCCUUUGAGAAGUUGAGCAAACACAGUAGAUGAUUUUUUUAAAAAUCAUCACUUCAGUUGAUAACUUGAUUGCUUAACUGGAGUUUUAAUCCUGUCAUAUUUAUAUACUAAACUCAUGGCAUUCUUGCACAGUAGUCUUUAUGAUGCUGCCCACUAUAGUCCUGCUGUAGAGUCUUCAUUUUUUGGCCAUGGAUUUGAAUGGUGUCUUUUAUUCUUUCAUUGUGAAUCAGCUUGCCACACUUAAGUACAGACGCUCUUUUCCUAAACUUUGGUAAUGUACAUGUAUCUCACACUGUAGCUCACUUACAGCUAUGAAGUUCUAUAUCACACAACUGCUGUGUGUGGCUAUUUGUUCAGAAACAUAAUUUCCUGUCAGACACUAAAUAUGGGGGAAGUCAUGCUGCUUUUGGCGCUCUGGGGAAAAUACUACUGCAAUGAGUAUUUCACUUGGGUUUAUUGUAAACAGCCAAUGGUUUAUCUGUUUCAGAAGACUUACCUGUAUAGACUAAUAAAUUUUUUCCACAGUA